AAAGUGCUGCUGAGGCGGGGCGGCAACAGCGGCACAUCAAAGAAAGAGCAAGAGGAGGAAACAUGUCAGAAAUGAGGGCGGCUCGUUGGCUGUGACGUCAUCGGGGCUCUGUGGCGUCCUGCGCGCUCCCGGCGUCAUCUUGGCAGACGCAGGACGGGCACGGAGGAGUCCGCAUCAUCAUCAUCAUCAUCAUCAUCAUCAUCAUGGACUUAAUGCUUCCUGCACGCACCUUUGUGACGCACACCUGAGGACCACCUCCGCCAAGACCAAGGAUUGUGGACUCCCUGAUGCCGGUCUGAAGGCCAGAGGAUCCAAAGCAGCGGGCCAGUCCUCAGCUGUGGAAUUAUGGGUAACCACCUGGGCGAGGUGGCGCCCCCUAGCUGCUUCCUGCCCAGCUUCCAGUGCGUGCACGUGGUGGUGGUCGGCCUGGACUCGGCCGGCAAGACCUCCCUGCUCUACCGCCUCAAGCUGAAGGACUUUGUGGAGACCAUCCCCACCAAGGGCUUCAACACGGAGAAGGUGAAGGUGGCGGUGGGCGGAUCCCGGCCCGUCACCUUCCAGGUGUGGGACGUGGGCGGCCAGGAGAAGCUCCGCCCCCUCUGGAAGUCGUACACGCGGCGCACGGACGGCCUGGUGUUCGUGGUGGACGCCUCCGAGGCGGAGCGCAUGGAGGAGGCUCGGGUGGAGCUCCACAAGAUCAGCCGCAGCUCCGAGAACCAGGGCGUCCCCGUCCUGGUUCUGGCCAACAAGCAGGACCUGGACGCCGCCCUCCCCGCCGGCCAGGUGGAGAAGCUGCUGGCCCUGCACGAACUGAGCGCGUGCACGCCGCGCUACGUGCACGCCUGCAGCGCCGUGGACGGCCAGGGACUUCAGCAGGGCCUGGAGAAGCUCUACCACAUGAUCCUCAGGAGGAGGAAGCUGGUGAAACACACCCGGAGCAGGAGGAGGUGAAGACCGGCCCGGUCCAGGAGGUGAAGACCGGCCUGGUCCAGGAGGUGAAGACCGGCCUGGUCCAGGAGGUGAAGACCGGCCUGGUCCAGGAGGUGAAGACCGGCCUGGUCCAGGAGGUGAAGACCGGCCUGGUCCAGGAGGUGAAGACCGGCCU